AUGAGACCAAAGCUGAUCCUCGAACGCCAUAUCCCGAGCUUCCGGAUACACGGACUUUUUGAGCCGCCGCAAUACCUCGCCGUAAACCUCCGCCUUCUUCAGCUGGUGGCGGCUGUUGACUGGCGGCGUCUCGACGGCGCUCCUACUCCCGCAGCUCCCAUUAUCUUCCGUCACCCUUUGAGAAUCCGAAAACAUUCAGGUGAAGAACUGAAUCACGCGUCGUUUUCUUCUCUCUCGAAUUCGAAGCAACGAGCUGUAGCAGUGUUACGUACUGUGAAAUUUUCAUCCGAAGACGAUGAAUUUAUAUGUGAUUACUUUUAA